AUGUUGACAUUCAUUUUCCAGCAAGGCUCUGAUACAGGCACCUUACCAAACUACUGGUUAACAGCUAUGGUUCAUGUUCUGUCCACAAGAAAUCAAGCAAGGAAAACCCAGCUAAUGAUCGGCCCAUAUCCCUUACGUUCCUCUGCUAUAAGGUGAUGGAGCAUAUUGUGCUUAGCAACCUGAAUAACAUCUGUCUGACAAAAAUUAAUUGUCUCAUCUACAACAUUGCUUCCGUGUUAAUUUGUCCUGUGAAACCCAGCUAGUUCUGACGUUUUAUGACUGGGACAACACCUUAAAUCAGCAUGGCCAAGUUGAUGCCCUUCUGUUGUAUUUCUCCAUACUAAAUUACUGCGCAAGUUAGCCCACUGCAGCAUUGAUGAUUAAUGCAUUAAUGACGCUUGCUUGGAUUGCCGCUUUUCUCAUAAUCGUACCUAAUUUGUGGUCGUAGACGGCACUCAUUCAACCACUACUCCUGUUACCUCUAGUGUUCCACAGGGCUCCGUUUUGGGUCCGACUCUCUUCCUGUUGUUCAUAAAGAUAUCACCCACGUAACAAAUUCACAAUUACGUCUUUUCGCUGAUGACACUAUGUUUUAAAUGACCAUUAAUUCCCUACAUGACCAUCAAGUGCUCCAGGAAGAUCUACUUAACCUAACUAAAUGGGCUUCUGAUUGAAAGAUUGACUUUAACGUAACUAAGUGCCAUCUACUUUGUAUUACAAAGAAACGGGAACCCUCCAACUUCAUAUAUACUGCAAAUUCCGAUGCAUUAACAAGAGUCCCUGAAUGGGACUUUCUGGGGGUUACGUGUAUCGAAACCCUUCGCUGGGGUGCUCACUGCUCUAAGAUAGCUGCAAAGGCAAAUAAGUCCCUUGGUCUUAUAAGAGGAUCACUGAGACCCUGCAGCGUAGAGGUUAAAGAGAAAUCUUAUCUGACACUGGUUAGACCUACGCUUAAAUAUUUCUCCUCUUCGUGAAAUCAUUACUCUGACACAGACAUAAAACGCCUUGAACAAAUUCAGAAGAAUGCGGCUCUCUCUUUGUAUGCAACGACUAUAACAUUGCAACAAGUACUUCUAGCCAUUUUAAGUCCUUAGGCUGAGAUACUCUCGAACACAGGCGUUAGUUCAACCAAUCAGUGCUUUUGUUAUAAAUUUCAUUAUAAUUUAGUAAACUGUCAAACUCCUAGUCCAGUUAAAUCUACGCACAAAAUCAGGUCUACUAGAUCUCACCAACGUACCUAUUGCCAAUUACAGGCAAAUGUCUCAGUUUUCAAUUGUCCAUUUUUCCCAAGGGUAUUAGAGUCUGGAAUCUGCUCCCUUAUUAGCCUCCACGCAGACGUCCUUUGGGGUUUGUUCGUCUGCAUUCAUUUCUCCCCCACGGACGUCUGCUAAACACACCGGACAUUUACGUUCACCAAUCACAGGCUGUUUAAAGAUUUUUUUAAAACGUAACCUGAGCCGCUUGUUCAGAUUCGCACGAUCAGUGAGGCUUUUGAUCGGGUGUGCGAGAAAUUUGUAAUAAAUACAGAGUUAAACAAGUAUCAGAGAGAAGCUAUCCAGCAAAUUUUAUAGAGAAGACUGAUGAGUUCAUAAAUUUGCCGACGGGAUUUGGCAAAUCCCUUAUCUAUCAAGCUUUGCCGCUUGUUUGCGACGCAGUGCGUGGAAGUACUGAACAUAUUGUUGUUGUUGUUUCGCCCCUGGUACAUCUUAUGAAAGAUCAAGCUACAAAGCUGGCAAAUAUUGGUAUUCCUGCUGUAACGCUCAGUGAUACUAACGACGAGAAUAUGAGGGUUGUCGAGAGAGGGGCUUUCUCUGUUGUUUACGGGAGCCCAUGGCCAGAAGCUUGGUUGAAGACUGAUCGGUGCAGGAAAUGUUAG